UUAAGCUCUCUCUGCUAAUACAUCUUCCUGUAUAACAAUUAUACCUUCUCUCUGAUCGAAAAUUUUACUUUUUUAUUGAUUUGAGCCGACAGGAAAUGGCAGCAAAUGAUGUUCCAUGUUGUGAACCUAUGUUCUGGGUAUAUCUAAUCAUAUGUGUGGUUCUAGUGUGUUUUGCAGGUCUCAUGUCUGGCCUUACAUUAGGACUCAUGUCUCUCAGCCUUGUUGAUCUUGAGGUCCUCAUCAAGGCUGGUCAGCCUCAAGACCGCAAAAAUGCAGAGAAGAUUCUGCCACUUGUUAAGAAUCAGCAUUUACUCUUGUGUACCCUCCUCAUUGGCAACGCCCUGGCAAUGGAGGCCCUGCCUAUCUUCAUCGAUGCACUUCUUCCAGCCUGGGGUGCUAUACUGAUAUCAGUCACCCUCAUACUUGCCUUCGGUGAGAUUAUCCCUCAAGCAGUCUGUUCUCGGUAUGGACUGAGUGUUGGUGCAAAAAUGUCUGUAGUAGUUCGGUUAGUUGUUAUGGUUCUCUUCCCAUUAGCUUAUCCAAUCAGUAAGCUAUUGGAUUGGAUCCUUGGGGAAAAGCAUUCUGCACUUCUACGACGGGCAGAGCUGAAGACCUUGGUUGACAUGCAUAGAAAAGAGGCAGGAAAAGGUGGAGAGUUGACUCAGGAUGAAACCACCAUCAUCACUGGAGCUUUGGAUAUGACUCAGAAGACGGCUAAAGAUGCUAUGACACCCUUAUCUAAAGUAUUUUCACUUGAUAUUAAUGCUAAACUUGAUGAGAAAACAAUGGAGCGGAUAUUAAGCACAGGGCACAGUCGCAUACCAAUUUAUUCAGGAAAUCCAGCUAAUAUUAUUGGCCUAAUUUUGGUCAAAAAUUUAGUCAACUUCCGCCCUGAAGAUGAAAAUUUGAUUAGAGAGCUAACCAUCAGGAAAAUUCCAAGGGUACACGAUCGUCUGCCUCUUUAUGAUAUAUUGAAUCAAUUUCAAAUUGGUCACAGCCACAUGGCUGUUGUUGUAAAGUGUAAUAAUGAUGUUAAUGGGUCUGCAGAAGAAAUAAAAUCCGAAAGUAGCAUGUUCAAGACAAAUAGUAAUUCAAAUUCGAAACAAAGAAAACCAGAUACAGAAGGGAUAGCUCACCAGCCUGGUCAUAAUGAGAAAUUGAACAUCUGUGUAUGCUCACCACCUGUAUACUCCAGUAUGGAUACUGAAAUUCAAAGUCCAAUACCAUAUACUGUGGGAGAUGUAAGAGCUCGUUUGCCCACAAAAUUCAAGAAAAGCGAAUACCAAAAGCAAAUUCUUUCAAAUGAGGAUUUGGAAUCUCUUGCAGCUUCAGAUGAAGAGGUCAUUGGGAUCAUAACACUAGAAGAUGUUAUGGAAGAACUGCUGCAGGAAGAAAUCCUAGAUGAGACUGAUGAGUAUGUGGAUAUUCAUAACAAAAUUAAAAUCAAUAUGCUGGCUUCGGGAAGAUCACCAUUAAUAAGGUCUCCAAUAGUAGCAUCAGCUUCUCAUAUUCAAUGGCGGAGUCCUUUAGCUUCUCCAGCUUCUUCCCAUCAUCAAACUCCACUAUCUUCCUGCAAUCACACUCCCACACUGCAUUCUCCAAUUCCACCAUAUAUUCGCUCUCCGAUGAUUAGACCGGCUCUAUCAUUUUCCCCUGGAAGAUCCGUUCCAAAUUCUUCUGCUGAAACUGCUCAUUACUCAUCAUCCCCCCAUCGGGUUUCAAGAAAAUCGUAUGCAAAGUUGAGAGAGGCUCAGCAGUUAUGAAUUCUUACCUAGAUUGUGUCUAUAGUGAAUGCCAUCUCGGAUGAGACUUGGCCCGGUAUAAUUUCUAAAUAUAAUAAUAUGUAAAUAUUAUUUAUGAACAAUGAUUUAUGAUGAAAGGAAAAUCCUUGCUUGAUGUUAUAUAAAAAAAGAAAAUUUCUUGCUUGGUCCUAGUACAUGGUUCCACUCAGGAAUUGGAUUCAUACUUCAUACACGAGUUAUCACGAUGAAAUCCACUCAAUCAGGCCAAUUUCUAUUCAUUUAUAGAGAGCUCUUUGUACAAAAACAAAAUUCUUGAUUAGGGAUGUUGCAUUAGGAUAUAUUGGUUUCAACCUAGAAAAAACAUUAAAAUUGGGCGGCAAUAUUAUGAGAGGAAAAUUGUUGAAAUCAGGUAAAAAAUCUAUUUUUCAUAUUGGGACAGGACAUUUACCUGCAGAAGAAAAAAUUAUUUGAAAAUUUAAUUCUACAUGUCCUCCAUUUCAAUGUCCAGAUAAAACAGAGGCCUUCAAUAUUAAAUAAAUAGGGUCGUCCCAGUAAAUCUUUUUUUUUUUUUCUUUCUUUCCAUUUAGAUUGUGUUUUAACUUAAAUUGUCGUUAUAUAAUGAAGCCAAAAAA